AUGGCUAGAGAAGCCAUGCAAAUGGGACAAGGGUGUUCUACAACAUGCUUCAACCUUGGCACCAUCACUAUCCCAGUUGCGGAAGUGAUUGCCUUACGCAAUAGCCUCAUCUAUGCGAAGAAUCAAGGCCUCGCCAAAAUUGAAGUUGAAGGCAAUUCUAAGCUGGUGAUUGAUGCUGUGAACGGAGUUUCGAGUCCUCCUUGGAAGCUACUCAAACUUGUUCAAGAUAUUAAGGCUUUGAGUAGUUCUUUUGAGUUUGUUAAAUUCAAGCAUGUCUUUAGGGAAGCCAAUUUCGUGGCUAAUGCUUUGGCCAAUCUUGGUCACAUGGUUGAUAAUAUGAACCUGUGGGAGGAGUGUGUUCCCCCAGAGGUGUCUUCGACCCUUACCUUUAAUAUUGUGAACAUUGGGUGCGUUAAAGACACCUCCGUCUAA